AUGUCGACUGGCACUUUGUUCAUCUGCGAUUCACGCACUCGUAUAAACUAUGAAAUCCCCAUAUCGCGCAACGCAAUACGCGCGACCGAUUUGCAGCGCAUCAAAGCGCCCUCGUCAGUUGACGGCAAUCGUGCGGAUCAAAUUGCUCAUGGAUUGCGCGUCUACGAUCCAGGUUUGCAGAAUACUGCAGUGAUAGAAACUGCUAUCAGCUUCUCUGAUCACGAAACCGGUCGAGUUCUAUACCGUGGAUAUACUAUCGACCAACUUUGGGGAGCUGACUUCGAAGAAAUGUUCCAUCUGCUAUUAUGGGGGACAUAUCCCACAGCAAAGCAGUGCGAAGAAUUACGACAGAGACUAGCACGGCAUAUGCAAGAGGUCCCUGAUAUUGUGCGCCAGACCAUCCUCAAUCUGCCAAAGUCUACUAGCCCCCUGCCGUUGAUUUUAGCCGGUCUUUCGGCUUACCUGGCAUGUAUACCCGAUGCCAUUCCAGCCACACGGAAUGCGAAUUUGUACCAAACAGAUAUCACAGAGGCCGACCGGAUUAUCCUCCAAACCGUCGCCACCUAUGCUGUUGUCUUCGGAACGGUUCGAUCUCAUCGGCUUGGUAUCCCAUUCAGGGCUCCCUCGCCCAACCAGACCUACUAUGAGAAUCUAUUCACGAUGGCCGGUGUCGUAGACCCAAAGACAACCCGCCCAGAUCCUAUACUCAUAUCCUGCUUUCGUCGCUUCGGAAUUCUCAAUGCUGAGCACGGGAUGGCCCUGACCGUCUUUUCUGCACUAGUGACAGCCUCAUCUCUUACCGACCCAGUGUCUUGUCUCAUCUCCGCUGUAGCUGCCGCCCACGGGCCCUUGCACUUCGGCGCAACCGAGUCGGCUCAACGUGCCCUCCGUGAAAUUGGAGAGCCAAAGAACGUCCCGGCUUUUAUCGAAGAAGUCAAAAGCGGAACACGCAAAUUAUUCGGCUACGGUCAUCGCACUUACAAAGGCAUGGACCCACGUGUCCGUCCCAUCAGAAGUAUUUUGGAAGAUUUGUCUGGUGUUCAUCAACCACUACUCAAGGCCGCCGAGGCGAUCGAAGAAGCCGCUGGGAAGGAGGAAUAUUUCCGCACUCGAGGCCUAUAUCCCAAUGCGGAUUUCUAUGGCAACUUUGUUUUUGCUGGAAUUGGCUUCGAGCCGGAUAUAAUACCCGCGGCAAUGUUUGCUCAUCGCAUUAUGGGCAUUAUGGCGCAUUGGAGAGAGUAUACGGUCACUCGCGGCAAGCUGUUUCGGCCUACUCAUCUCUAUACGGGUGACGCGGAGCCCAACAUGGACCCCCGACCGAAGAUCUAG